UUGCGUGACGCCAACGAAGGAGCCGAUUUCAUUAUGGUCAAACCAGGAACCCCUUAUUUGGAUAUCCUGAACGAGUUAAGGACUUUGCUACCGAACCAUCCCUUGGUUGUCUAUCACGUUUCGGGUGAGUAUGCGAUGCUAAUUCAUGCUGCCCAGGCGGGCUGUUUGGACUUGAAACAGGCUGCGUUGGAAUUGAUGACUUCCUUCCGUCGCGCAGGUGCCACAGUCAUCAUCACUUAUCUGACUCCGUAUUUGUUGGAUCUGAACUUGAACGAGGCGUGCCCAUGA